AUCAGUCACUUUUCGUCUGUUGCAGCGACCAGACGUGUAUUUCUCUGCGAUCGCGAGCAGGAAAUAAAUUUCAAAAUUUACAAUUUUGAUUUCCCAACGCCGUCUCGUUACGCCUACCUUUUUUUUACCGUGCAAAAAAAUACUACAAAAUUGUAUAUUAUUUUUGAUUGUGAAACGAAGCAAGUUCCUUACUUUGGAUACCCCGGAAAGAAACGAAGAACGCGAAAAAUUAAAAAAUAUAUAUAUCUAAAUAAAAAGAUAUCUUGGCACCGCAGGAGCGACAGACAGCAGCUGCCAGGAUGCUCAAGUGGGCAGUCAACCAGCCGCGAAACUCGUAUCUGGCCAACGAGCUGGCCAUGGGAUCGCAAACUGGAUCGGGAUCAGGAUCGCUGGUGACGAAGGCCGAUGCGGUCGGUUCCAGCUACAGCGAGUUCCACGCCCUGCGUGGCAAGCUGAAGAGGAAGUCGAUCGGAGUGGCAGCGGGGAAGGAGAACCAGCUUACCUCCACGCCACUGCCGGCCAGUUCCUUGAGCCUCCAUUCCCGCACACCUCUGCUCAAGGACCUCAGCAACAUCCUGGCCACGCCGCCUUCGGGAGUAGCAAGUGGAGCAACUGGAGGAGCAGCAGCUGCUCCCCUGAAGUUCGCCUGCACCCUGCCCACCUUCGAGGCGGAGUACUCGCCCAAUGCCGCCGUCAUCCCUGGCUCCCUGAUCGCCCUGCGCGGCGUGGGCAUCCCGGACAGCUACUUCGAGAAGCCGCGCUACCUGGAGCAGAAGCCACUGCCACAUCCGCAUCCAGCUCCUCCGGAACAAAACAGCGAACAGAAUACGCUCAGUUCCAGCCAGAUGGGCGAUGUGACCCUGGAGCGCAUGAUCGAUGCCAUCCUGGAGAGCAACCGCAAGGUGCUGCCCAACGCCACACAGCAACAGCACCAGCACAAGCAUCAGCACCGCCAGCCCAGGCAGCAUCUCCGCCAGCGGCACAGGCUCAGACAGCAGGUGCUCCGGAGCAGCCACACCCAGACGCCUUCGCCCACCUACCGCCCCGCCUUCGAUCCGGCCAGCGAUCUGUGCGAGUACUGGAAGUCGCCCUCGCGGAGGGAUUCCCUGCCAGCGGAUGGCUUCGAGGAGCGGGAGGUGCGCUCCCCCGUGCCCAGCGAAUCGCAGGAUCCCAAGCGGCACUCCCUGCAGCUGCGCAGGCAGCGGGUGGUGCGGCGCAAGCGGAAGAUCACCACCAAGAUCUCCUCCAGCGUCAGGCAGUCGGCGCAGAAGCUCCUCGCUGCGGCCAGGUCCGGAGCCACAGUGCCCAGCCAGCGGUGCGCCCAGAAGAGGCGCCACAUCAGCCCGGACAGUGGGCACAACUCCACCAGCGACUUCGAGGAGGAGCUGGUGGCCAUGGGUUCCUGCGGCGGGCGGGUGGAGGCGGUCACCAAGCGGCGGCUGAGCUUCUCCUACGCCGAGGAUCUGUUCGUGGAGAAGUGACCCCAUUGGGGCUAUGUCCAUAUGUUGAUUUUUGACUUCUGUUUGGUUAUAACAUAAACGUUUUUUUUUGAGUGGCUAAAAGCGCAGCAUUGCCUUGGAAUACGUACAUAUGCUGAAACAGAUCCUAUAACUAACUAAGAAUCCUUUUUUUUCUGACAAAUAAAAGACCGAUU